CAGCCUAGUUGUGCUUUAUGUUUUUAUUGUAUUAGCCUACUACAAUUGAUAACAAAGAAAAAUAAUAGAAAUUAACCAAUUAAUCGAUAACUAAUUAAUAUGAUUAAAACAGCCUGUUAUAAAAUAAUGCUAAGACACCCGAGGAUGUCCGGUGAAGUUUCGUUUACAGCAUGUUAUUAGGUUUCGUUUUCCAAUCGUAAGAACAGGAAACUCAUGCCGAACGCAUGAAUAACCGCGACCCACCAAGUCCAAACUUCAAAGUCGUGUUCAACUUGGAGUGAGAGGCCAGUGAAUAGGCUACAGGGCGUUGAAAUGGAAUCGGCGAUAGUCAAAUAUCUCUGUGGGAACCUCGGAUCCACAAACAGGGAUGAACUGGUGGCCAACUGUGUGUUUGGUGACGCCUCGACGGUGAACGAGAUCAUCAGCAACCGAGACCGGUUCGCCAACGCGCAUUAUAAUGGAGAGAAGCAUCUGAUCGCCAAGACGGCUCUCCGACUGUGCAGAAGGCUGGUGUGCGCUGGACCUGGAUGCAGCAGUUUACAUCUCUGUAAAACAUACCUGUACGGCGAGUGCCAGUUUCCUGGAAGGCGGGCCAGGUGUUCCUUCUCGCACGACCUCCACUCCGAACACAACGCCGGACUUCUGAGAACACACGGCUUGGAAGAUCUGGACAAGAAGGAGAUAUGUGUGUUACUGCUGCAGAACGACAUGGACCUGCUCCCCUCUGUGUGCUUCGACUACAACAACACCGGAUGCCAGGAGGGCUGCAAAAGGAUCCACAUCUGUGAUAACUACCUGCGUCGUAACUGCUGCUGCUCGCUGGCCCACGACUUCUACGAGCCGCAGCCCUUCGAGGUGCUGCAGAAGAGCCGCAUCCCCAACGACCUCAUGGCGGCCAUGAAGCCGCUGUACAUCAACAAGAAGGUCCUGAGUAGCAUCGAGCACAAGGCCAAGCAGGCAGGACAGACCAAUCAGGUCCCUGGGGCUCUUGGAGCUGGUGGUGGUGGUGGUGGUGGUGUUCUGGUGGUGGUGGUGGUGGUCGUGGUGGUCGUGCUGGUCGUGCUAUGGGUGGUGCUCGUGGUGCUAUUGCUAUCGGUAGAGCUGGAGCUCCAAGAGGUGGAGCUGGUGGAAGGAAAAGACCGCCUCGAGGUAUCUGCUCAUUACAAGACUCUCACUCGGAAGGUGCUGGUAGACUCUGGAGCGGAUGUAGAUCUCUUGGACUGGGAUUUCACCAAGGUGCCGCCAUGUUAUCUUGAUCUUAAAGAGGCGUUCAACAAGGCUAAGGCCACAUCACUUCCCCCACAUAGGCCCUAUGACUGUGCCAUAGACUUGUUCCCGGGGGCUCCCAUCCCCAAGGGCAGACUGUACUCUCUUUCAGGCCCUGAGAAGGAGGCCAUGACUGAAUACAUCAAAUCCUCGGCGGAGCGAGCCUUCCAACAGCUGAAGGAAAGGUUCACCACGGCUCCCAUACUCACGGUUCCAGACCCGCGACGGCAGUUUGUGGUGGAGGUGGAUGCCUCAAAUGUCGGCAUUGGAGCCAUUCUGUCACAGAAGUCGGCCAAGGACAACAAACUCCACCCUUGUGCCUUCUUCUCACAUAUAUCCAUGGACUUCGUCACCGGUCUCCCCUACUCGGAAGGUAACACCACUGUGCUGACGGUGUGUGCUUAUGGAUAUCAGCCUCCGUUGUUUCAAGAGACAGAGGGUGAGGUCACAGUCCCCUCUGCCCAUGCCAUGGUACGUCGCUGCCACCGCAUCUGGGCUGCGGCUCGCAGGGUCCUGCUGCGUAGCGCCACAAGGAUGAAGAGUGUUGCAGAUCGGCAACGUCGGCCUGCUCCAUGCUACAGGCCAGGUCAGAAAGUCUGGCUGGCCACCAAGGACUUGCCUCUCCAUGUCAUGUCACAUAAAACCGAGAUUUGCAUGUACUUCCUCAUAGGCACCUGUAGAAACACCAUAGAAAGGUGUUUCCAAGCUCAUUGCAGUCUGCCUUACAGCUGGGAAGUUCUGGAGGGCCAUCAGUGGACGCUGCUGGAUAGCUCAGAGAAGAUAGAAGAGGAUUACUGUAACCCCAAAAAGACAUACAGCACGGUGGAUGUAGAAGCGGUUUGCUUUGACACCAUGACGCGUGGACUCCAGAAGGUCAGGCGUCUCUCCUCCAUCUCCUCAGUCCUCCAGCCCACCUUCCUACUCACCACCGAGUGGCUCUGGUACUGGGAGGAUGAGCAUGGGAACUGGAACCAGUACGAUUCACCGGUGAGAUCAGCACUAUCACAAAGCGGUGCCAGCCUGACUCGGCUCACAUCCGCAGACACCAACAGCAGCACAGUGCUGGAGCAGAAGUUCCAGAACGACCCCCAGGAGGUGAUGGAGUUCACCGCAGGGUCCCAGGACUACACAAUCAAGGGCGCACUCACACUAGACAUGAUCCAGACCAAUAAGAGAUACGGAACCAAGAGGGUGGUGAGGCGACGGCCUCGCUUCCUGUCCUCCGCCGACGUGCUGGUCGUCAGGACAAGUAGAAGGCCUCCAAAUGGUCCAACAAAUGUCCUACCUAUGCCAAGGCACUGGGACAGGACCCAGGUUCCUGAGACUGGACAUAAGAAAGUUCUGCUGCAAGAUUCGUCCGAAGAAUACAAAGAGGUGGAGUCGCUGUUUCGUCAGACGAUGACCAACUUUGACAUCGUAAAGAUCGAGAGGAUUCAGAACAAGAGUCUCUGGGACCAAUUUCAGUUGCAAAGGGAACAAAUGAAGACGAAGAACGGGGGCCGUUGCGUGGCCGAGAGGAAGCUGUUCCACGGCACAGACUCCAAGUUCAUCGACGCCAUCUGCUGCUCGAACUUUGACUGGAGGAUCUGCGGAACCCACGGGACCGUCUACGGCAACGGCAGUUAUUUCGCCCGGGACGCCAGCUACUCCCACAACUACACCGGGAACGCCUCGACGGUCCGCUCCAUGUUCGUGUCCCUGGUGCUGGUGGGUCACCACACCCGGGGCGAGGCCGGCUACGCGCGUCCGCCCUCCAAGGACGGCGGGGACACCCUCUUAUACGACAGCUGCGUCAACGACAUCCUCUCGCCUUCCAUCUUUGUCAUCUUCGACCGGCCUCAGAUCUACCCGGAGUUCCUGCUCACUUACCAGGAAAAGCGAGAAAAGGUGUGGGCUCCAGACGACUUGUUCUCCGGGGUACUGGCCGCCGCGCCGGUGGUGAAGCCCACAGCCGUGCCAAGCGCCAUGUUCGUAAGCAGGUCCGCAUCCUUGGCCAGUGCCAUGACCGUGCCAAGGGCCACACAUGUGCCCAGUGCCACGCCCGUGCCUAGUGCCACGCCCGUGCCAAGAGCCACACGCGUGCCAACGGCCACGCCUGUGCCCAGUGCCACAACUGUGCCCAGUGCCACGCCCAUGCCCAGUGCCACGUCCGUGCCCAGUGCCAUGUUUGUGCGCAGGUCUGCGUUCUUGGACAGUGCCACGCCUGUGCCAAGGACCACAGCCGUGCCCAGUGCCACGCCCGUGCCAAGAGCCACACGCAUGCCAACGGCCAUGCCCGUACCCAGUGCCACGCCCGUGCCCAGUGCCACGCCCGUGCCAAGAUCCACACGCGUGCCAACGGCCACGCCUGUGCCCAGGGCCACGCCUGUACCCAGUGCCACGCCCAUGCCCAGUGACACGCCCAUGCCCAGUGCCACGUCCGUGCCCAGUGCCACGCCUGUGCGCGGGUCUGCGUUCUUGGCCAGUGCCACGCCCGUGCCAAGGGCCACGCCCGUGCCCAGUGCCACGCCUGUGCCAAGAGCCACACGCGUGCCAACGGCCACGCCCGUGCCCAGUGCCACGCCCGUGCACAGGGCCACGCCCCUCCGCAGAUUGACAGCCACGCCGGUGUACACCCAGGCCUACGAGGAACCCACUUCACAGUUCUACGUCCCCCGGCCUUCCAGACGCAGCCCCCCGCCCCCGACCUCCCCUAGCCCGAAGAAGUGUGUGGUGAGCUAGGGCGGGGCGGGGCGAGGAGGCGGGGCUAAUAAGGUGGUGUCUGUUAGGGUGUUGGAUUGGGGCGCAGGGCUCAUGAGGGUCGCAUCCCCGGUGAGUUCUGCUGAGUCAUGGUUUGUCGGGACUCGGGAGUCAUGGAGACACGCCCCUGGAGGACUUUGGGAAUCUGUUUUGGUUUUUUAGAUCUACCUUUGGGUCGUGAAAGGGCGGUGGUUCUGUGAAAGGGCUUUGGGUCUCGACUCGCCCUUCAACAUGAGGUAUAUCCUGAAAAGCCGGAGGUAUACUAAUAAGAAAAUGUAUUGAUGUACGUUACAAUUAUGCAAUAUACACAGAGAAAAAUGCUUUAUGGUAAUCGUUGGAGAUAUUUGAGUUGCUCUGUGCAUAUGAGUUUCAUUGCACAGUUGAAUAAUUUUUCAAAUCGAUGGAAACCACAGCUGGCCUUGAUGAAGGAUUCACGACGAAUCCAGUCUGUCCACACGUCAGCGAGAGGACGUCAUCACGAGUGUAUAUAAAACAUUUAAAUGUCUGUACUGACCUGUGGCCAGCAGAGGGCAGCAACUACCCACGAACCAACUACACUACGACCAAUGUCAUGAUUGCGUUUGAUUACCUUAAAAUACAGGUUGUUUUGCAGGGUUAAAAACAUCAUUUAUUUGCUGUAGUGUGUAUCAUCCUGAAGGAACAAGCUGUGAUAGCUUUUGUAACUGCAAAUGUAUUUUUAAAAUAUAUAUGCAUUUAUUGAAAAAUCUAA